GAUUCGAAGUAAUCUUGAGAAAGGUUUCAAAGAAGACGGUUUGACAAGUGAAUCAGAUCCUGUGUAUCGACAGACUUCAAUGAAUUUAUGGAAAAGUCGUGAAAUUCGUCUCCUGUCUAGUUGUUUAUCAAUUUUUCUACAGAAAUUCGACUAUCAAUCCGCGAUUCAAGUUGUACAUCAAAUUGCUUGUUUACACAGAGAUAAUCAAGCUGCACUUAGAGGAUUCUGUAGUCUACUUGGACGUAUUUACUUACAGUUUGGUGAUUUAGAGACUGCAAAGGCAUAUUUUGAUAAAUCGAUAUCCAGUAGUGGUAAUAGUAGUAGUACAGAUUCAUCGUGCAAUAAUGAUUCAACUCAAUUGUUAAUAAGGAAAAGUUUUCAAAAUGGUUUGUUGUGUAUUGCUAAAGGUGAAUAUGAAGAAGCUAAAAAACUCUUCGUGGAAGUUUUACGCUUAGAUCCUACAAAUGUGGCUGCUGCUAAUAAUUUAGCAAUUUGUGGUUUAUAUCUUGGACAAUUAAGUGAAUCAAUUGAAUCAUUAGAAAAGUUAACAACAAUUGGAUUAACUAAUCAAAGCUUGCCACUAAUGAAUUCUAUUGAUAAUACACAAUCUCGUCGAUUUUGUUUACACGAUGUUAUGAUAUCUAAUUUAACUGUAUUAUAUGAAGUUGAAUCAGAUUCUGCAACAAUAAAAAAGUUGAAUUUAUUGAAAAAACUAAUCAAAUUACCCGGGGAACCAGUGCAUAUAUCAUCGUUUAAACUACCUGUUAAACAAUAAAAACAAGUUGUGUUUCUUUUAAUGUACACAUAUUUUAAAUGAUAGCAAAGACCAUUUACUGUCUCGCUCUCUCUUUAUCUUUCUGUGAUAUAAUGACUUUUUUUUAAAUAAUCUUUUAUUGACCAACA